AUGGCAUUUAGUGUGCUACUUCUUCGAAAUAUGGUCAGCCCUGGCGAAAUUGACACUGAGCUCGAGAACGAGGUAGCCGUAGAAUGUUCUCAAUACGGUCGCGUUCAACAGGUUUUACUGCAUGAAUACUUUGAUCGUCAGUUCGCUCGCCCUGAAGUCAAUGUUUUCGUCGUAUUCCCCGAUGCAGGACUGACGGCAGUACAGGCGGCCGUAAGCAACUUGCAUGGACGUUACUUCGCUGGCAGACGCAUCUCUGCGCAAGCCUACGAUCCAGCUGCUUUUUUUGCCAGGCAAUUAGAAGGAUAA